AUUCACAGUUCAAACAAACAAUUGCUCGAGUCCAUCGACAUCCUUGUCGUCGAUACUCUUCCCCACUUAAACAUAGGAGCAAAAUGUCAUCAUCUAAACGUCAAUCUAUUGUCCCACGCGUCCAUUCUGGUCCUAAGGCACCAGUCAAUUUCUCCCAAUCCAUAAUAAUAGCUGACUCGGCGCUUCUGACCGGUAACCACACGAUCAACAUUAGCUCCGAGUCCGUCGUCCAUCCUCGGGCGAAGCUAGAUUCCUCCAAUGGACGAAUAACCAUUGGUCGGAGAUGCAUCGUCCAUGAACGGACAAGUAUUGGGCAAUUAUCUGCAGACCCAAGACCAAGUGAAACUCGUGAUGGCGUAUUUAUUGGCGACUAUGCUACGAUAGAGGUUGGCGCUGUGCUCGAGUCUGGAGGCACACAGAUUGGCGACGGAUGUCUGAUCGGUGUAGGAUGUAAAAUCGGAAAAGGUGCAAAACUUGGAAAGCAUUGUACUUUAACUCCACAGAGCGUAGUACAGCCCUUCGAGGUAAUUCCGGACUUCACUGUAAUCUAUUCAAACGGAACCAGACGAAUCGACAAGCGUGGCGUAUCGGAGCUGAAAAACAAGGCACAGGCCCGUCAGAUCGAGGUGUUAAGGAGACUUAUACCCAGCAACCCAAACAAGUUUAUAUCGCAAUGAGCGUUCUAGAUACCCACACUUUGGCGUCAGUUCAACUCGCAUAAUGAUACCCAAUUAAAUAUGAAUGCCUAUUUAUCACCACUAUUG